AUGAAGGGCUUGCACUGUGUGGUGUUAGCCGCUCUGGUGGCGUGUGUGCAAGCCAUUAACCAGACCAUUGUCAACGUACCUGGAUUAAGAGCAGUGGUAGACACCGACGGUAUUGGAGGAUUCAAGAUCACAUUACAAAGAGGUGACAAUGCUCCAGAAACGAUCGCCUGGAUAGGUCGUAACUGGCCAAUGCCCACAUCGGUGGUGUCCACCAACCCACUGGUACUCAGUUACGAUGAGUACAAUACCACGCUGAGUUUCUCCAGCACAACCGUCAUUGGCAACAGAACAGGCCAGAUCAUCACUGUCGCUUGGGACGCUCCGAAGCUGUACGUUCUUGAAGACUGUGUCGAAUAUGGAACCCAUCACUGGUAUGGAGGACCUCAGCAGAAAGAGCAGUACUGGCCCAUUCAGAAUCUGAACUUUAGCGAAUACUCCUACGUCACCAAGGAAGCAGACAACUGUGGAGUAGCCGAGAGAUACUGGCUCAACUCCGCUGGCGUCUUCUACUACUUCGAUAAAAAGGUUCCACUAUAUGUCGAUUCAAAGAAUCUUGUAAAUAACUCAGCAUGCUUCAUCGCCAAAGUCCAACCGCCAUACUCAAGCAAACGAACAAGGAACUAUCUCAUUUACGACAUCGCGAUCUUCGAAGACGUUAGGAAAGCUCAUGAGUAUGCCGUGGAAAAGUACCUGAAGAAACCAACAGGGUAUCCCGACGAACUGAUGAUCAAAUACCCAAUUUGGUCAACUUGGGCCAGAUACAAGAGGGACGUCAAUCACGUUGUAGUGCUAGAGUUUGCUGAUGAAAUUACGAAGCAUGGUUUCCCAAACAGUCAGUUUGAGCUGGAUGAUUUGUGGGAGAUAUGCUAUGGGUCUCUGACGGUGAAUACUACAAGGUUUCCAAGCAUGAAGGAAACUAUAGCUACACUAAGACAGAAGGGAUACAGGACCACCAUGUGGGCUCACCCCUUCCUGAACAAAGGGUGUGAACCUUGGUAUACCAAUGCGAAGAAUUUAGGCUAUAUAGUAUCUUCAGAGACUGGUAACGUUGACACCAGCUGGUGGAAUGACAAUGGCACAAUUGGUUCCUACAUCGACUUCUCGAAAGAGGCUGUAAGGAAAUGGUACAUGGAGCGGCUGAUCAAACUGCAGAAUGAAACUGGUGUGGACGCUUACAAGUUUGAUGGUGGAGAGACCAGCUGGUCACCUACUGUGGCUGUCCUUGAAGGUGAUAUUUACGAGCACCCGAAUCUCAUAACUACAGACUAUGUCAGGACAGUUGCAGCUUUUGGGUCCCUGGUGGAAGUAAGAGUUGGAUUUGGAACUCAAGACCUUCCAAUCUUCGUGAGAAUGAUCGACAAGGACACCUACUGGGACUUCCGCAACGGUUUAGCGACCCUAAUCACGACAUUAUUCCAAAUGAACAUCAAUGGCUACCCCCUGGUACUCCCUGAUAUGAUCGGUGGCAAUGGGUACAAUGAAGCUCCCUCUAGGGAACUGUUCGUCAGAUGGCUACAAGCUAACACCUUCAUGCCGAGUUUGCAGUUCUCUUAUGUGCCCUGGGAUUAUGAUGACGAGAUCGUGAACAUUAGCAAGAAGUUUGUGAAUCUUCACGCGGAGUAUACUCCUGCUAUCAUCGAGGCUUGUAAGAAGGCGGUUAGUGAUGGAUCUCCGGUCAACAUGCCCAUCUGGUGGAUAGCACCCAAUGAUACACAGGCACAUGCUAUCUGGGACGAAUAUCUCCUGGGAGAGACGAUCCUAGUAGCGCCCGUAGUGACCAAUAACGCGAGAUCGAGGGACAUCUACCUUCCAGCAGGCAAGUGGUACGAACAAGGGGACAAGAACAAGGUGAUCACAGGACCCAUCACAUUGAAGAACUACUCCGCACCGUUAGACACCCUGCCAUUCUUCAUAAAGAGUAACACAGUAGCUCCUGUGUAUUCUGCUCUCCUGGUACUUUUAGGAGUAGUAAUUAAUUUGUUGUAUAAGUAA